UGGCAACGCCUUCACUCCGGUUCAUCGUGUCAAAAUUUGGAACAAGUGUUUUGUCAUGGUUUUGUUUUGAACCACAGAUCCAUGACGUUUCACAGUGUUCAUUGUUUCCUUCACUAUUCAUGACAAAAUGGAGCUUCGUGAACAUCUUCUAGUGAUCGUCUUACUAAUUUUUGUUCAUUUGCAAAAUCUCGAUUGUACUUUGUCCAAAAAUGAUCCCAAAAAACCCAAAAGUAAACUUGCUGUCAUAAUCAAGGUAAGGGAGGAUCCCCAAGAAGAAACUGUGUUUGAACGAGAACUGGCAAAGGUACAAACAUCGGCCAAAGAGAUACUUUCAGAUUACAAAGCAUACAGUACCAAGACAAAUAUAAGAAGAGUAGAUAAAACUGUCCUAGGAUACAUCACACCUUGGAAUGGCCAUGGGUAUGAUGUGGCCAAAAUAUUUGCCAACAAAUUUGAUUUGAUUUCUCCAGUCUGGUUGCAAGUUACACCUACACCUGGAGGGAAAGGCUAUGUAAUGACAGGUUUGCAUGAUGUUGACAAAAAUUGGAUGACUACUGUAAAAAAUAAGAGCACCCAGUCUAAAGUUAAAAUGGUUCCUCGCCUACUGUUUGAUAGAUGGUCAGGUCAGGACUAUGCACGCUUAUUCAAAGAAAAGGAUCGAGUGUGGGAGCUUAGCCAAGUCAUUUCUAAGUCAAUCAAAGAAAACGGUUUUGAUGGCAUAGUCAUGGAAGCUUGGAGUCAAUUGGGUGGCCAACACUCUAACGAAAUGAUCAAUAUGAUCGGCCAUCUCAGCAACCACCUCAGGGAGUCCAAGUUCAUUUUUGUUCUUGUUAUUCCUCCCCCUCUUUAUCACGGAAAUGCACCAGGAAUGUUCCGUCACGAAGAUUUUAUCCGACUGGUAGAUUUAGUUGACUAUUUUUCAUUGAUGACGUAUGAUUAUUCUAGCUCACAGCGCCCGGGACCAAACAGCCCCAUCAAGUGGGUGAAAAAAUGCGUCGAAAUCCUAGAUCCCGAAUCGACACAUCGUAGUCAGAUUUUGCUGGGACUGAACUUUUACGGUAACGAUUACAGUAUAAAUGGCGGAGGCCCCAUUGUUGGAUCGCAAUACAUCGACAUUCUGAAAAACCAUACUUCGGUCAAAUUCCAGUGGGACGACAAAUCGCAAGAACACUUCUUUGAGUACAAAAAUCAAGGUCGACAUACAGUAUUCUAUCCAACCCUGUAUUCCAUUGAACAACGAAUCCGCCUUGCAGCUAAACUAGGUACUGGCAUAUCCAUCUGGGAGUUGGGCCAAGGUUUGGAUUACUUUUACGAUGUACUAUAAUAUCGUAUAAAACCGCCGUGGCUGCCUAAUACAUUAUUUUUGGCACUGUA